AUGGUGCCACCCAUGCACAUGACGCCGUACGGGUACCCGCCACCGGGAAUGUUCUUUGGACAUUAUCCCAUGCCCAACAUGAUGAGUCCCAUCUCCAUGGCGCAAUCCUACGGCACCGGUGGUGGCACCAAUCAUGCAGGUCCUCCGGACAAAUAUGCCAGUAGCUCUGCCAAACCCAUAUCAAAUGUCCCUCAUAUACAGGCACCGCCACCCCGAAGGGCAGGGAUUACGUUGGCGCUCAGUUGUGACGAUGAACAGCUUUCCGAGUAUCAAAUGCUGGUUCGAAAGCAACUCGAGAUAUUUGAGGCUCAGCCAGAAGAUGUCGAAUCCAAUACACAGGGGCGCAAGAAGCAGGUCAUUUUGGGACAGGUGGGAAUUCGGUGUCGACACUGCUCAGGGCUGUCACUUCGGCAACGUGGAAGGGGUGCUGUCUACUACCCUGCUAGACUACAGGGAGUGUACCAGGCGGCUCAGAAUAUGGCAAGCAGUCAUUUGUGCGAAUCCUGUCAAUGCAUCCCCCCACAUUUGAAGGCAGACCUACGGAAUUUGCGGGAUCGUCGAGAUACAGCCAGCGGUGGGAAGCAGUACUGGGCAGAUGGAGCCAGGGCCAUGGGGUUGGUGGAAUCAGACGAGGGACUUCGGCUUCGUCGUCCAGAAGGAACCAAUGGGCAGUCUCCGACGACAUCAUAG